GGAGGAGGGAGAGGAGGAGGGAGAGGAAGAGAUGGAGAGAGAGGGGAAGGGAGAGGAAGAGCUGCAGACGGUGGCGCUCCUCAUGUUCGUCCAAUGGGGUACAAAACGUUGGAGGAGCUCUCAGGGAAAGAACCUUCAGAAAUAGCCAUUACCCUUGCCUCCAGUUAUGGACUGCAAGCUCUACUCGACGAGAGAGAGAUGCGAAAGGACCUCGUUCAGCUCCUCUGCCAAGUUCUCUGCAAGGCCUUCUUGUCCAAAACUGACCGUCAAACUUUACAGCACUUGGCUGGCUUAAUCAAGCAUUCUGGAUUCCUCCGAACCAUUCUGCCCCAUUAUGUGAUGGGAAUGGGGUCAGAGUUCGACCUCACCCGCCGGGAACAGUACCCCCAGCACUUGGACAACAUCAUGACCCUUCUCGCUGAGGUGCUCAGGAUAUUCCCGGCUAGCUCGAUCCAGGCCGUGUCCAUGAUAGUGGCCCUCUUCAGACCAGUCAUCAACAGCCUGCGAGCCGUGGGGGUGGAUGUCCUGGAGCAGACGGAGGAGAGCCUGGAGAGGAUCCAGGUCCUGGUGGAGCACCUCCAGGASAGAGCCAGGGAGGGCACCCUGAAGUCGGACAACUACUCCUUCAUCACCCCCCAGGAGGACGCCCCACCUGGGGAGGCCGACUUCAGGACCCUGCCCAUCUACCCCACCCCCGAGGAGUUCCACCAGGAACAGAGGCCCUUCCUCAGGCCCAACCUCAUCUUCAAACGCUAUGACAGCGGACUGCUGUACCUGGACACGCACUUCCGGCUCAUGCGAGAGGACUUUGUGAGACCUCUUCGAGAGGGCAUCCAGCAGCUGCUUCAGACCCAGCAGGACCUGGGCAAUAAAGACAUUCCUUUGAGGAAGAGGCGCUUCGAUGACAUCACAGUGUACUUUGACACGCGACUGGUGGUUCCAAUGUGCACCCGGUCUGGUUUGGCCUAUAAGGUCCAGUUUGACUCCAAACCUCUUAAGUUUGUCCGCUGGCAGAACUCCAAGCGGCUGAUAUACGGGUCCCUGGUCUGCAUGUCCUGUGACAACUUUGAGACCUUCCUGUUUGCCACUGUGUCAGACCGGGACCCCAAGGAGCUAGAGAAGGGCUUUGUCCAGAUCAUUUUCUCAACGGAGAGCAGGCGAGCCCUAGCCGGAGUGGAGGCCCACCAGUCCUUCCUCAUGGUGGAGACAACCGCCUACUUUGAGGCCUACCGCUACGUCCUCGAGGGGCUGCAGGAGCUGGAAGUAGAGGAUCUGCCCUUCCAGAGGUAUAUAGUGGAAUGUAGCUCAGAGGUCCACCCUCCUGCCUACCUGCCAAUGGGGGAUACGUAUGACCUGUCUGCUAUUGCGGUGCCUGAGUUUAAGAGCAGCCGCUUCCACACCCUGGAUCCUGAAGCCUGGCCCAUGGAGCAGCUGGGAUUGGACGAGUCCCAGAUGAGAGCCCUUCAGCUUGCCCUCACCAAGGAGCUGGCAAUCAUCCAGGGACCCCCAGGCACAAUGCUGGUGGUUUGUUAUACCAACCACGCUCUAGACCAGUUCCUGGAAGGCAUCCACAAGUUUUUACCAGACGGUAUUGUAAGAGUGGGUGGGCGAAGCAACAGUGAGGCCCUGAAGCGUUUCACUCUGGGGGAGCUGAAAAGGUCCCAUGACUUCCGCCGCAGACUACCGCAACAUCUUCGCCGUGCCAACAGUGAGAUCUAUGAUGCACUGCGGACCGAGGAGACUAAGAUCCAGACUCAGUCUGUGCAGCUGGAGUGCAGUCUGCGAGGCAUUCUAAGGGAACAGUUCCUUCAAAGGUUCAUCUCAGAGGAGCACUGGGACAGCCUGUCCCUCCAGCCUGCACUGGAUGGUUUUGAGAGCUAUGGUGGGAAGAAGCCGUCUAUGAUAAUGGAGUGGCUGGGGUUAGGUUCCACUGCCUUCCAGCAGAGGACACCACAUCCUCAAAAUGACAAUGCAGAUGGGGAAAUGGACGAAGAUGAGGAGGAGGAGGACCUGAUCGAGAUAGCGGAGGAGGCAGARCUGAUCCAGGCGGAACGCUUUGUAGAAGUCUCAGACAUGCAUCAUAGUCACGAUGAUGAUCGAAGAAAGAUGGAGGAGACAGUCAGGGAUAUGGCGGAAAUGAUGCUGGCRAUGAACCUGGAGAACACUCAGAUACAUGCAGAGCAGAGUGAAGAAGGCUGGGAGAUACAGCGGGUGCAGAAGAGGAAGAUGAAACAUCGUAUUAGGAGAGAGCUGGGCAGCAGCUCAGCCAUGAGUGAAGAUGAGGUAGACACCAUUCUGGAUGUGUGGACUCUUAGUCUGCCAGACAGAUGGAGACUGUACCGGUUAUGGGUYGGGCGUUAUCGGACGGAGCUGCGUAUGCGAGCCCAGCAGGCAGAGCAGGACUAUCAGGACGCUGCCGAGCGUCUGGCUGAGAUUCGUCUCCGUGAGGACUUAUGUGUCCUGAAGGACGCCAAGGUCAUCGGCAUGACGACCACGGGGGCUGCUAGAUGGCGCAAAGCUUUGCAGGAAGUGCGCCCCCGCCUAGUGAUCGUGGAAGAGGCAGCAGAGGUACUGGAGGCCCACACCAUCACCACUCUGAGCCAAGCCUGCCAGCACCUCAUUCUCAUUGGAGACCAUCAACAGCUCCGGCCCAGUGCAACAGUGUUCGAACUGGCCAAGAACUUCAAUCUUGAAGUGUCCAUGUUUGAGAGGCUGAUCAAGAUGGACUUUCCAUACGUCAGACUUAACUACCAGCAUCGCAUGAGGCCAGACAURGCCCGUCUCCUGGUCCCGCACAUCUACUCUGAGCUAGAGAACCACCCCUCAGUGAUGAACUAUGACAAUGUUAAGGGUCUUCUCUCCAACAUGUUCUUUGUGGAGCAUACCUACCCGGAGGAGGAGAUCAGGGAUGGAAAGAGUCGCCAGAACCUCCACGAGGCCCUCUUCGUGGUAGCGUUGUGUCGCUACCUCCUGUUACAGGAAUARCAGCCGUCCCAGAUCACCAUCCUCACCACUUACACUGGCCAACUCCACUGUCUGCGCAAACUCAUGCCAGCCAAAGAGUUCAAUGGGGUCAAAGUUCAUGUUGUUGACAAAUACCAAGGAGAGGAGAAUGAUAUUGUCCUGCUGUCGCUGGUUCGAAGUAACAAAGAGGGGAAGGUGGGCUUCUUGAACAUCCCCAACCGCGUCUGUGUGGCCCUGUCACGGGCUAAGAAGGGUCUCUACUGCAUUGGAAACAUGGCCAUGUUGGGAAAGGUCAAGCUUUGGAGCAACAUCCUGCACACACUGCGAGAGAAAGACCAAGUGGGCCCUGCCCUGACKCUGUGCUGCCAGAACCACCCUGAGCGACACAUUAAAGCAUUCUGCGGAGACGACUUCAAACAUGCUCCUGAGGGAGGCUGCAACCUGCCCUGCGAGUUCCGCUUGAACUGUGGUCACGUGUGCUCCAGUGCUUGCCACCCGUACGACCAAGAGCACAAGAAGUACACAUGUAACAAGAAGUGCCAGAAGGUCCUCUGUGAGCUGGGGCAUCGAUGCCAACUUCUGUGCUACCAGAAGUGCCCUACCGACUGCCUUACGCGGGUAGAGAAAAUCGUACCGCGGUGCCAGCACAAGCAGAUGGUGCCCUGUCACCAGGCUCCAGAGCGAUURGUGUGCCAGGAGCCCUGUCAGAAGAAGCUGGUGUGUGGCCAUCUAUGUGCCACGGUGUGUGGGGAGUCCUGCACCACCACCUGCAUGGCAACAGUCACCUUGGAGCUCAAGUGUGGACACAAGCAAGAAGGUCCCUGUCAUUAUAGGAGAUCUACAGUACAGCCGGACUGCAGGGCACCUUGCAAACAUAUUUUGAAGUGUGGCCACCCCUGUCCUGGUUCCUGCCAGAGGUGCCACCAGGGCCGCUUCCACGUGGGCUGUUUCCACCGAUGUGAUAAGCUCCUAGUCUGCUCCCACAAGUGUCGGGAGCCCUGUACACGUGACUGCCCUCCCUGUCCAAACCSCUGUGAGAAUCGCUGCAUCCACAGUGCCUGUAGGAAGCCCUGCGGCCAGCCCUGUGCCCCCUGCAUAGAGCCCUGUGCCUGGCAGUGUCCUCACCAGGGCUGCAGCAAGCUCUGCCAUGAGCCUUGUGACCGUCCACCAUGCACCCAACCCUGCACCAAAACCUUGCAGUGUGGGCACCCCUGCAUCGGCCUGUGUGGAGACCCCUGCCCCAACAAGUGCCGUGUUUGCCACCACGAGGAUGUUAUGGAGAUCUUCUUUGGUACGGAGGACGAUGCUGAGGCCUGCUUUAUUCAGCUGGAGGACUGCSGACACAUCUUUGAGUCCACGUCCAUGGACAAAUACAUGGGGAUGGAUGACAACCAGCAGGCUACCGAGGAGCAGCURGCAGUAAAGUUGAAGGAGUGCCCCAGGUGUCGCACUCCCAUCCGCAGGAAUCUCCGGUAUGGGGCUUACGUCAACCGGAGUCUGGCGGUAAUUGAGAAAGUGAAGGAGAAGAUUAAUGGAGCACAGUCAGAUAUUGAGGCGCAAAAGGCGGUCCUUAAGCAGCAAUGGAUUGACAAGGAGGACUUGCAAGGGUAUCUACCGACYGAGUACAUACAGAUCAGGAAAAAACUAAGUGCCUCCCACCUCACAGCUAAGGAACUGUGGAUCACGGAAAACAAGAUGGCCUCCCUUGAGAGAGUUGGCAAGUUGCUGAAGAUUAGUAGGCAGCACAUGUCAAGUGGGGAAGCUUUCCACUUUGAUGAGAAAGUCGAAGAGUUCCUGAGGUGGCUGAUGGAUUGUAACCAGAAGUUCUCGGAGCAGCAGGCUUCUGAUCUGCAGAGCGAGCUACAGAGGCUGUCCUUUUUGGCCGAGCUCAACACCCGCUGCAAGAUGGGUAAGGACACAGGUCGUGGGGUCAAGGUUCAGGCUGAGGUCACAGCCAUAAGGGAGGUUCUGGAGAGAAUGCAGCCAUUCACUCUGCAAGACGAAGACUUGGUAAAGCAGGCACUGAAAGACUUGGCUGAAAAGCUACCAAGCUCUGGCCUGGGGAUCAGUGAUGAUGAACGAAAGAUGAUACUCUCAGCCAUGAGUUUGCCUAAAGGCCACUGGUACUCCUGCCCCAACGGUCACGUCUAUGCCAUCGGAGAWUGUGGAGGCGCCACGAUGAGCCGUAACUGCCCAGAGUGCAAUGCUACGAUUGGUGGAGCAGACCAUGCUCUGGCAAGUGGCAACAGAGUGGCAUCAGAGAUGGAUGGGGCACAACACGCUGCGUGGUCCGAAGGUAACAAUAUGCUGAACUUUGGUCUGAUGAACCUUGCUGAUUAAWAACAGAUUAUUUUCUCUGUUUAAUUUGUGACUUCAUGACCGAUGUGACAGUUAUCAUAAUUUGCACUCCAGAAAGCGUUGCUGUAUCAAUUGAUCUACUAAAAUGCUGAAAUUACUGUAAAUGAUUCAUUGAAUGUGAUGAAAUCAAUCUGCUUUGUGAAUAUAAUAUUUCUUGUUUUUUUUAAAAAGUGAUAUCACUCCAGAGUACAAUAUUGUAUUUUCAACCCAAUGUACAAUUAUGAAUUAUGCAAAUGUUUAGGCAGGAUUGUUGGCCCUCAACAUUUAGACACCUGUGUGUAUUUUUCCAGUCCCACCAAUAGAUGGCAGCAGUGUAUUGUUAAUUUAACAAAGAGUUGGCUUGAGCUGUGCAAUAUGUUUUUUUCUAAUAAACAAAUCUGAGAUGAUCCCAUA